AUGAAAAAUCUAAACUCUCCUCAGUAUCGCAACAGCAUUACUCCUACAAAGUUUCGCAAAAGCAAAGUGUAUCAUCAAAUACCAUUAAAUCAUCUCAAAAUGGCAAACAAUUACAUCAAAGUUUACGACUAUGAAGGUACCAUCAUCCCCAGGAGGAUAGAAAAAUUAUACAAAUCAAUAACUGUCAACAACACCGAGAGCGAGGAUAAUCAACAUGAGUACAGAGAAAAGGAAAGUGCGAAAAAUGCGGGUGAUAACGAACAAUUAGUGCAAUUCAUAGGAUGGAACGGCAUAGAAACAGAGAAGAACAACUGUUUCAUAAAUGAAGAAAAAGUGAAUAACAACAGUGAAUCAAGUGAAAAUGAGAACGAAGGGUUAACGGCGUAUAGUGGAAUGGAACCCGAUUUUGAAAGUGACUACAGUGUUGAGUUCACAAAAGGAUACGACAGCGACAACUAUCUUCAAUGUGAACCAGCGGAAAAACGCAACAAGCCAGACGACCAACAGAAAGAAACGGAAGCGUGUAAAAACUGUCGGUUAAAAACGAUAGCAUCGAUUUCGGCGGCCCAAGCAGAAAAAAUUCAGCUACGAAGACAAGCCAUAAUAGACCUAGAAGACGGAAAACUUUCAUUAUCGAUGAUGGAAGCUCCACUAUGGGUAAUUAGAAAGUGCAUCCAAAAUAAGAUACAAGUACAACAAGGUUGGCGAAGACAAAAGAUGGCCACGUUUCUCAACGAGAGAUAUGAGGCAGAACAAACGCUUCUCCAUACAAGCGUAAGAAGAAGUAAGUACGACGUUACAGACCUCCUUCUAUCCUUCGGAGCGAACCCAGAAAUACUUUACCGCGGAAAGACAAUCGCUCAUACCGCAGUAGCUAUAAACGAUCUACUAUUACUACGAAUUCUAAAACACCACAACUGCGAAUUUACAGCCCGAAACGGUAAUGGAGAAACGCCAUUAAUGUUGGCAAUUGUAUACGAAAACCAAGAGUGCGCAAAGUUAAUAUGGUCGCCAACUAAUAUCAACAUUGACACACAUCAGGGCAAAACCGUUUUGCAUUAUCUAGCCGAGUAUGGUCUUGAAGACCUGGCUACCCAAAUUUGUGCAAAAAGAAUCAUCAACAUCAACCAACAAGAUGAUUCAGGUGACACUGCUUUAAAUGUAGAAGUAGGAUUCAAUCGAAUUGACAUGAUUGAAAUAUUACUGCUACAUGGAGCAGACGCACGGAUAAAAGACUCCCACGGACACACAGCACGAGCAAAACCAUGCAGUAAAAGAGUGCAAGCCAUUUUUGAAAAAUGGGAACAAAAUCAUAACGGUAAAUCCCUGCUUAAAACUAGAAGAAAAGAACACCAACAAUACAGCCGCGAGGGAAAUGAAAAAAACAUAAUCAACAUCGCCGAAAUACCGGGCAUAAAGAAAAGCAAGAACAAAAGGAAGAAAGAAAGAAGACGUUAUACCAACAACCUUAGUAAAACCACAUACAAUUCGUUUUCUUAA